AGAAAAGAUAUAGAUGGCUAUUUCCUUUUUCUUAAUGACAAAGCCUCAGAAGAUUAUUGCAGCUGCGCAAACCAACUUGUCAGUGUUGUCCAAUCUACUACCCAAUCAACACCAGCAGCACGUAUUGUUAAAGGAGAAAACUAGGAGGUUCUACCUGUAGUAAUAAAAGGAUUGUGGAAGAUCUAAGGCGGGGUCAAGCAGUAAUUGUGGUUUACUAUGUUUCAUAUCAGAGUGAAGAAGAGCUCGGCUAGGGCUGUUUUACUGGCACACCUGAUGAAGUUUGCAUUUCCAUUUGAAUCUAAGCAGACAACCAGACAUGAUUCUUUCUACUUAUCACACCAUCCAGUCUGUUUUCUGCUGCUGCUGCUGCUGUGCAGUGCAAAAAAGAGCAAUGAGAACAAAAAUGAACCUGGAUCCUGAUUCUGACCUGUACUCAGCCUCACAAUCAGAUGUUUCCUAUGCAUCUACUUGGAAGUGCAGGCGUAAGAGGCAAGUGCAGUUUAAGAACAAGCCAUUACCUCCUCUACCUGCCAAGGCCUUGGAAGACUACACAAAAAAACCCAGAGUUAUUGCACUCUAUGACUUCUCUGCUAGAGGACCCUUGGAUUUACCACUCAAGAAGUCAGAAGAAUACAUUAUCCUUGAACAGGAUGAUCCUCACUGGUGGAAGGCAAGAGACCGACAUGGGAAUGAAGGUCUAAUUCCCAGCAACUACAUUACUGAGAACAAUAAAAGUAAUUUAGAAACAUAUGAAUGGUACUGCAAAAACAUAAACAGAAGACAGGCAGAACUUCUCUUGCGCCAGAAGUCCAAAGAAGGCACAUUUGUUGUCAGAGAUUCAAGCCAUCGGGGGCUUCUUACGCUGUCCAUGUAUUCACGGGCUAAAGGAAACCACAGUGGAGAUAUUCGACAUUAUCAAAUCAAGAAAAACCACCUGGGACAAUAUUACGUAGCAGAAAAAUAUCUCUUUUCAUCUGUUCCUGAACUCAUUGAGUAUCAUCAACACAAUGCUGCAGGUCUUAUUACUCGUCUCCGACAUCCAGUUGGAUCAGCUGGAUGUUCUUCACCGGCAACAGCAGGAUUUAGUUAUGAGGAGUGGGAAUUAAACCCAUCUGAACUGAUGUUUGUGAAAGAACUUGGGCGAGGGCAGUUUGGAGUUGUUCAUUUGGGGAAAUGGCAAAGAAUCACCAAGGUUGCCAUCAAAACAAUCAGUGAAGGUGCAAUGUCUGAAGAUGAUUUCAUUGAGGAGGCCAAAGUAAUGAUGAAACUCUCCCACCCAAAGCUGGUCCAGCUUUAUGGUGUGUGCACACAUCACAAGCCUCUCUGUGUUGUGACUGAAUUCAUGGAAAAUGGCUGCCUGCUCAAUUACCUUCGGCAAAGGCAAGGGAAACUCAGCAGAGACAUGCUGCUGAGCAUGUGCCAGGAUGUGUGUGAAGGGAUGGAAUACCUGGAAAGAAACAGCUUUAUUCACCGUGAUUUAGCUGCAAGAAACUGUCUAGUCAAUGCUCAACACAUUGUUAAAGUGUCCGACUUCGGCAUGUCGAGGUAUGUCAUUGACAAUGAAUAUAUCAGCUCUUCAGGUGCCAAGUUUCCAGUCAAAUGGUCAUCUCCUGAAGUCUUUCAUUUCAAAAAAUAUAGCAGCAAAUCAGAUGUCUGGUCAUUUGGUGUACUGAUGUGGGAAGUUUUCACAGAAGGUAAAAUGCCUUUUGGAAGUAAAUCAAAUUUUGAAGUUGUCCAUGAGAUCUCUCAGGGUAACCGACUUUAUCGACCACAUUUGGCAUCACAUACAGUGUACAAAGUCAUGUACAGCUGCUGGCAUGAGAAACCUGAAGGACGUCCUACUUUUGCAGAGUUAAUAGAGACCCUCACAAAUAUAACAGAGAUGGGAUAACUGCAGAUUUUACAUGAAUGUAUUUACUGAAAGGUUGACAUUAAGCAUGUCAAUAAUGUAGCUGAUAUGGAAAACCUCAGCCUUUUUACAGCAGUCUCCACUUAAACUGCAGUACCAGCAUCCUGCAUACUGAAGCAGCUGUUCAGGCUUGGCCUAAUUUUCACUAAUUUGAGAAAGAUACUUCAGGAGACUGGUUUGGGACUCUCAAGGCUUUGUUUUUAUGAUUAGGAAUAAAAAUCUGUCUGAAAAGAAGUAACCAAGCUUACUCACCUUAUAGGCCUCCUGUUUAUUCUUUUUGUCAGAGCUACACUAAUUCCUGUAACAAUAUUAUUAUUUAGUACUUAAUAUGACUCAUGCACUGGGAAGUACUUACUAGCAGCAGCAAAAAUUAUAGCAGAACUUCUGACAAAGCUCUAGCUAAGUCAUGUUUAAAUAUAAGCCCUUUGGCUGCAAAAGCAUCCAGCACUGAAGAAAUGGAACAGCAUUUCAGAAGGGGCAACAAGCUAAACAACCAGCCUCUAGAGCAGCAUCUGCACUUGUGCCUGUACCCACUGCUGCUGAUAAAGGUGGGCAAGGGUAGAAAAGUGAACAGACAUCACUUAGCAGCUUAGCAUCACAAAUUUUGAAUUUCCAGAAGAUGAUGUCAUCUUUGGGUUGCACCCAUUCCUGGCAUUAAUCACUUGCCUUUACUGCAAUUAUAUUUUGAUAGUUAUCAUACCUGCAGAAAGGAAGUUCUUAAUCCUAUUGUUUGAACUUUUGUGUGUGCCUCCAAACACACUUUUAAGGCAUUUCUCCUUCAAGGGAAGCAUAAUAUCCCUAUCACUUCAUGUCAUCGCCUAGAAGAAUUGCCCCCAGCUGGUAUCAGUGUUUAGUUCUAUAAUCAGCUCAUUUAUGAGCAUUCAGUUCCUGAUCAGACCUAUGCCUAAAUACAGAUCUAUAUCACACAUUGAGCUCACCACAAUAUUACACCCAGGCCUCAGAAGUAUAAGGCUUUUCACCAGAUGAUUGAUACACUACAAAUGUGAAAAUUAAACUGUCUCUGCAAUAUAUAAGUACAUGGGGACUUUGAAUCCUGUGUGAGGCAUCUUUUUUAAUAGCUCUUGUAAAUCUGGUUUUGCCACAUUUAUUACUGCAAAUUAAUAUGUAAUCUACUACAGUACCAUGCAAUAAAAAGCUCUGGUAGGUUUAUGUACUCAAAUCACCCUGCUUAUGGUUCACUGAGUUGUCCCAUGGUGAA